AUGUCACUCGCAGCAGUAGAGCCUACGUUAGCUACAGAAACUAGAGACGCCAAUUUUAAAAGAGAUAUAUCUCAAGUCGAACAAGAGCAAACUCUAGAAGAGGGGCAACUGGAUGCAAAUACUCCGAAUAAGGAGGAUCAGGGUAUUACACCAUCUGCCAAAAGAGCAAAACUAGAUACAUCCAAAUGGACCCCACCAUCUAUCACCAGCAUAUCCAAUUUUCAAGACUUUAAAACAUCAACUUAUAUCUCCCAGAUCCCAACUGAAAUAUCGCAAGUACCAACAAAGCCAGUGGUGAUCGGUAUUGAUGAAGCAGGUAGAGGUCCAGUCUUGGGCCCCAUGGUGUAUGGCCUUGCGUACUCUCUAAAAGAGUUUCUGAGUAAACUUCAAAAGACAUAUGGAUUUGCAGACUCGAAACAAUUAACUGAUGAUAAACGACAACAAUUAUUUCAAAUGAUUGAAGAUGCUGAACUGCAUGAGUUGAAUAAACAUAUUGGAUGGGCCACCACGACAAUGACAGCAAAAGACAUAUCACUGGGGAUGUUGCGUUCUGUACAUGGAAUCGGAGCAUAUAAUUUGAAUGAGCAAGCACAUGAUGCCACUAUCAAUUUAAUUAAACUGAUUAUUGCUCAGGGGGUGAAUGUCACUGAAAUAUAUGUUGAUACAGUUGGGCCACCAGUUUCAUACCAAGCUAAAUUGAAAACCCACUUCCCCACAAUUGAUAUCACGGUAGCCAAGAAAGCUGAUAGUAUAUACCCCAUAGUAUCAACUGCGUCAGUGGUGGCUAAAGUGACAAGAGAUUUAAACAUUCGUCAUUACAAUACGCAUUUACCUAUCUUGCUAAAUCAUAAAUUGGGCUCAGGGUAUCCUAGUGAUCCAAACACUAGCUAUUGGUUAAAUCAUAAUGUUGACCCCAUAUUUGGUUGGUGUUUUGGAUUUAUACGGUUUUCAUGGCAAACGGCAAAAGAUGCUCUUGUAAGACAUGGAGCUGCUGAGGUAAUUUAUCAAGAUGAUUGUGUUAAAGAAAAGGGGUACAAGGAUGUGUCGGAGAUGUUUGUUGAUGCGAAUAAGAGUAGUGUGGGACGCAUAACCAAGAGUGUGUUUAGUAGUGACGAUGUGAACUUGUUGUAA